UAUAUAUCUCAUUAUAGUUGGAUUCUCUAGCCUCUAAGACAAUGGAUUUUGCUGACUUGUUUCUAUUUAUAGCUUAAGGCUUACAUGGGCAUGUCCAGAUAGCGUUCACCGAGCCCAAGGGUCUGGGGAAAUGCCAAGUGUCACAUUAACACAUUCCGAUCAUACUCCCAUUCAGUUCCCUGCGUUAACAUAAGCAUCUAAUUUAUUAGUUUUUAUUGCAAUGUUUUAUGUUGAGAUGAGAAUAAACACGGAGACAACAUCUUGGUAAUUUUUUUAUUUUAUUUUUACUUAAUUAACCUCCACGUAUAAUGUUGCCGUCUUGUCCUGGUAUCGUGUGAUGACUAAAUGAGAAACCAGGAGAUUGGCGUCUUUCCCUCAAAAAAAGAGGUGCUCAACACGCAUUGAACCCAUGUAAACCAUCACACGGGGCGAUACUUUGUAAUAAUGUGUCGAUGUGGGACCACAUUAGGUGACUUUUUAAUAUCUUCCCGUGUGGAAAAAUAUCACUCAUGAAUGGAGACACGUGACCAAACAUCAUGACGCCUGGCUCCAACACAAGGGGAAAAGAGAAUCAACAAGAAGCGCACCAGCGGUGGCUCAAGUCUACUUCUCGGGCAGACCCAAUUUAAAGACCUGAUGUUAAAUGUCCAGUCCGCCGCGUGAUCAUAUUUAGGACGCAUCACCGCUGACCUGCCAUCCCCGACCCGACCUAGACCAGACGGCAGAGUGUUUUUAAAACCUGCUCUCGGGGCAUGACUACUGCAAACAAGGGAAAUAAAGCCCUGAAGGUGAAGCGGGAGCCCGGGGAGAAUGGCACCACGCUGACGGACGACGAGCUGGUGAGCAUGUCAGUGCGGGAGCUGAACCAGCACCUCCGCGGCCUCACCAAGGAGGAGAUCCUGCAGCUGAAGCAGCGGCGCCGCACCCUCAAGAACCGCGGCUACGCGGCGUCCUGCCGCGUGAAGCGCGUCACCCAGAAGGAGGAGCUGGAGAGGCAGAAGGCGCUGCUGCAGCAGGAAGUGGACAAGCUGGCCUCGGAGAACGCCAGCAUGCGCGCCGAGCUGGAGGCGCUGCGCUCCAAGUACGAGGCGCUGCAGAGCUUCGCCAGGACUGUGGCGCGGAGCCCCGUGACGCAGCCGGGGCCCCGGGGCCCCAUGUCGACCGUCAUCAGCGGGAAGGUGGGGGCCACCAGCGUCAUCACCAUCAUCAAGUCCAAGGCGGAGGCCAGGUCGUAG